AAUACUGGUGCAUUGUAGCAGUCUGUGCCAUAAACUUCAAUGAAGGAGUUAUACUGAAGUCUCUAAUUUACACGACUAAAAUAUGAGUAUGAUGUGAUUGAUAAAUUAUUAAUUUUAUUUAUUUAUUUAUUUGCAAUCAGAGUAUAACUCAUAAACAUAAACAGACCAUAUUUGGAAUUCAGGUGCUUCUCUAUUUGCUUACUCUUGGAGGGGGGGGGGUUAUUUUAUUUUAAUUUUUCAGACUUAAAAAAAAUGCAUUUUUCAAGAAACUUUGCAAAAAAUGAACGAUAAAAGCAUGCCCACCUGCUGGAAGUGAGGACUUAGCCACAGGCAGUGAAGCUCUACUAAAAUAAUAAUAAAACUGGAAGGAAACCUCAGGACGCUUGUUUGCAUUCCACAUUUUCUGCUGCUCCCCCUCAGAAAUUGCUGCAUUUUAAAGCCUCCACCUGUGACGGUCGUCCAGAGAGCGGGUUCUAAAAUAUCUUGGUGUCAGGUCGGGCGUCUAACUGUAAUUUAAUAUUCAUAUUUAGCUGCCUUCCUAAGUUAGAGGGUCUGCUAGUUGACUGUAAUGUAAAACUUCAACUGCUGAAAGCUGCUUUCAAUUACUAGAAUCCGUGGUAUUGGAACACGGUCCUGAAUAAACUGGAUCACUCAUCUCAGUGAAUGAUUUAGAAAGCAGGGUAACUGCAAUAAAGGAACUGAAGUGUAAAUGCUUUUAAUCUCUGUUUUCUUGUACCAUUGCUUUUACGCUGUAGCGCCUUACUGUCGUGUGUGUCUGCAGUGAUACUGAGUGUCUGAUGUCUGCCUCUUUAUCUGGCCUCUGUUAUAAAUAGAUUUUAAUUUUACCCGGAAACACGUAUCAAAAAAGGAAACCGCGACCGCUUUUCAGGGUUCCGCUCGCAGCUGGCAAAAUUUUCCUCGGACCAGCUCCUUCGACUGUUCAGUGGCAGUUUACUCCGUCCCUCACAAGUCACGGCGAACAAAACUGAAACUGAACUAGACGAAAAUCGAAACUCGGUGCUGGUGCUGUGUCCACAGUGAGUAAAGUAGCAGUACAGAGCGGAAGAUCUGUCACCAUCCCAUGUCACUAUGAUAGGAAAUAUGAAAAGCAUGUGAAAUACUGGUGUAGUGGGACACCGUGGCAUAGAUGUUCUUUUGUAGUGCGCACUGACUCUCCAAAAGUUGAAGGUGAAACGUCAAUCACUGAUGACCCCGACAAUCAUGUGUUCACUGUUACCAUGGCAAAGCUGAAGACAGAGGACUCUGAAUAUUACUGGUGUGCUGUAGAGAUCGGGAAUAAUUUGAUUGUAGAUGAAAGCAAGUAUCUGUACCUGUCUGUCACCGCAGGCACUCCUGGACUCCGGGUUGACCAGCAGGAGGUGACCGGUGUGGAAGGGGGCUGUGUCAGUGUGCAGUGCCACUAUAAUGAAUCGAGCAGCAUGAAGAAGUGGUGCAGGGCUGAGGGCUCCUGUGUGGAAGUGAAUUCUAAUAAAUCUGAAAGAGCAGAGAUCAAAGAUAACCGCUCUGAAAAUGUCUUCAUUGUGACGAUGAGGGAGCUGAACAGAGAGGACACAGGCUGGUAUUGGUGUGCUGCUGGAGAACUACAGAUCCCUGUUCACAUCAAUGUCACUCAGAAGACUACAACUCCCACUGUCACCACACCGCCGUGCACAUCUCCUCCGGUCGGCUCAGCAGUCACACCAGCAACAUCCACCGAGCCCUCAUCUCAUAAGCGGACCGCAGCCACAGGGUAUCUCUCAUCUUCACCACCAACGGCCACUAACGAUAACAAUUUUUCAGAACUCACAGUCGUCCUGAUGACAUCUGGGGCACUGUUGCUGCUGUUGGUGGCUGUUGCCGUGGUCACCUGGAAGCUGUGGAAGAAACACGGAGAGAGCGCCCGGGCGAACGCAGGAGCGAGAGAGGGCGGGACGAGCGAGCUGACGACCGUCCACCCUGAAGAGGAAGUGACCUACAGCACAGUGUUCACCAAUGCACGGUCAUCAUCACGCAGAAUGAAUUCACCUCAGUCUCAGCCAUCUGAGAACCCUGCAGGUGAGGUCAUGUACUGCUCAGUCAUCCUGCAAAAUCCACAGUAGGGGGCAGCAACGCGACUAAAGAUGAUAGUCCCAACAGGAAUUCUGUCGACGCGCACAAGGAAAAGUGGGCCGUGUUCCAGAACGUCAAAUCAAGCCCUUUCCCCCCUAUUCAAAUGUUUGACUCUGCUGACCUCUGCUGGACGAAAAAGACACCUUCAGUUUCAUCACUAGAUGAUCUACAUUGAUGCCCUCUGCUGGACCUCUGCUCAAAUCUUUGCUAGGAGAUUAAUUUUUUUAAUGAAAAAAAAAAAAAAAAACAUGGUGUAUGUUACUGGAACUAAAGAGAAAAUCAGGAGAGAUCAAUAUUUACGAUGUACGUUACAUUACAUCUCAUCGCAAUAAUUUGCUGGACACGGAUGAACAGUAGUAAAGAAUAUGAGCGUUGCCCUCAGGAAUACAAGAAUGUGGUAUCCCCAAAAUGGUACCGGGGCCCACUCAUAAUCACAAAAUGUAAUGUAAACACAGAAGACAAUAAUUUGUAUCGUAGCAGUUAAUAUAUUUUUAUUUAAAAAAUAAUAAAAGCAUGACCAUGUCCCAAA